AGUGAGAAACAGCAAGAUGAAGCUUAUCACUCAUAAUAUGCUGACUUCCAACAUAAUAAAGAACACAACGAAUGGAUACCCAUUGAAAAUUGUAGCCAGUCAAAUUGAGAUAAAAACAGUUGACUUCAACCCAGAAUUUAUCACACGGAUGUUACCGAAAAUGGAUUGGCCAGCCCUUCAUCAAGCUGCACAGUCAGUCGGCCAUGGAGAGGGCUUGCCAGAGACACUCAAAGAGAAUUACGAAGAGGAUGAGGAGUUACUUAAAAAAGUGCACCAUGUCAUGAUGCAGGUUGAAGUGAUUGAAGGAAAUCUAGUAUGUCCAGAAUCUGGCCGUCAGUUCCCAAUCAGUUCUGGAAUUCCAAACAUGUUACUGAACGAAGAUGAAGUUUGAAUAUUUGACAGAAUGAAUUACACACAACAAAUCAUUUCACCAAUCUAGGAAAUGUAGAAUACAUUUAUAUCUGUUUUGCAGGCAUCACAAAUUGUGAAAUCAAGUCUACUGGUAUCUCAAGUAUCCAACUUUUACCAAUACAUUUAUUAUGUAUCAUUGGUAACUUAAACUCUGUAUGUCAACACAGUCUGAUACUUAAUAUGUCAUUGUUUACUGAUACAUUGUAUGUCAAUGUUUACUGUUACAUUGUAUGUCAAUGUUUACUGAUACAUUGUAUGUCAGUGUUUACUGAUA